AUGAACAAUUACAGGCCGAAGAGUCGAAAAGUUGAGGUGGUUUAUUAUCUGUGUCAAAAUCAACAGGUCGAACAGCCUCACUUUAUUGAAAUCCCUCUCGUUUCACCAGACGGUUUAUACCUGCGAGAUGUGAUUAGUAAACUCAAGUCUAUGAGAGGAAGAGGCAUGACUUCAAUGUAUUCAUGGUCUUGCAAGAGGAGUGUUCAGAGUCUGGUUAGGCCGUUUUUUACAAAAUCCAUGGGCCAAACCAAUAGAAGAUACAAGAAUGCUUUUGUAUGGAAUGAUCUUUGUGAAGAUGACAUAAUUGUUCCUGCCAAUGAAAACGAAUAUGUUCUCAAAGGCUCAGAACUUUUAAAAGAAAACUAUUCAGAUUGUAUUGCUCAUGCUAGAACAACUAGAUUACAAACUUUACAACAACUAGUUGAUCCAUCAUCUUCAACAAACAUUGCCGACAGACGGACUAAAAUUUCUCUUGAUGAUGAUGGUUAUCGUAGCCUAGCAACAUACAGGAUCUACAAGUGUACUCAUGCCCUUUGUGACGCUGCGACUCAAACGGAUGAGCAUGUAAAAGUUCAAGAACACAAUGCGCGUUUGCGCAAGACUGAUACAUUAGAAUCUCUAAUGAAAGCUGAUGAUAAAUAUUUGUGCACCUUAGAAAAACUUGAAGAACAACAAGAACAAUGUCCGGUUCCAAUCAACACAAAGCUUAGGGAAUCCAAUAUGUUGUUACAACUAAUCUCAUGUGGUUUACUUUCAUCACAAGAUCAUGACUUUCGUCAAGCUUUAUCUUACAACUCUAGAACAACCGAUUCAAGACCUUCAUCAAGUUUGUUCUAUCCGUUUGCAAUGUUGGGUGAGAACAAUUGCUUGUUAGAAAGUCCAAGAUUUACGGAUAUGAGAUUGAGAUUGGAAGAUAAGGAAUACUUAAGUGGGAGUUCGGUAGAGACGUAA